AUGGUGCACGACAACAACAAAUUAAGUGGUAUACAAAAGCUUCAGUAUCUUCGUGCGUCGGUCAACGGCGAGGCAGAACAAUUGAUACGCCACCUCACUCUAACAGAGACUAAUUAUGCGCCAGCAUGGAAGUUACUGAAGGAACGAUACAACAAUAAGAGGGCCAUCGGGAAUGCCUACAUGAAGGGCAUAUGGAGUUUACCGACCAGCACUCCAGCUAGUGCGAUAUGUAUCAAACGCAUAUUGGACACGACCGAGCAAUUCCGUGCCAAUACUGAAUCAUUGGGAGCAGAUUUAGUCGACCUAAUCAUGGUGUACAUCCUGCAACAAAAAUUGGACAAUGAAAGUAAUUCUGAAUGGCAGAAGUUUAUUGGUUCUUCGAACGAGAUACCAACUUUGAAUCAAUUCACGACCUUCUUGCAUCAACGGUUCACAAUACUGGAAGCAGUGCAGAUUACCCAACGCAAGACGGUGAAAGUAGGGGCACACUCAGCAUAA